AUGGGCGUGUGCGCUUCCUGCUUGGGUCGGGGCGGGAGAGAUAGCCAUGAUUCUGAAUCAUCCCGACUCCUCGACGAUGAGCUAUACCAGUCAGGCUACGGGUAUGGGAGUGUGGGGUCAGUUCAACGCCAGGCUCGCGAUCCAGAAUAUCUGAAACGGGAGAGAGAAGCUCUGGAGGCGAUAUGCCAGCGAACGUCAGAUUCUGUGGUUGACAUCUGGGCGCUGCAACCUCACCAGUCCGGAUAUGCCACUCUGUCCCUAGACGCCUCCACCGCAUCCUCUUCAAGAGUAGCAAGCCACGAGACAGCCACAUCAGCUACUUCAGACGGGCAACAAUAUUCCGUAUCACCUCAAUAUCCCCCCCACAUACAAAAAACACAGAGUCCAGCAGAUGGCGCGAGGCGGGAUGCGUCGCCGGUCCCAGGAGAAUUUGGGAGGCUUCGCUAUGCACCACUGACUACGUCAAAGAAUAUUAACUUAUCAGCCGUGCCAAAACAUUGGGGAGAGGUGGUGAUGACGACGAGAAAGGGUAAGAAGACAAGACCCGGUGUGAAUACCGAUCGGAACGGCGGCAAGUCCAAGGACCUAUUCGGAGUGUUGGUUGUGGAUUAA